CACGAGUGUCCCCAGAAGCCUCCCGGCAGCUGCACCGAAGUACACAGUAUGAGCGGCGCCGGAAUUACAGGCCGCACGCGGCCGACCAAGGUCAAGAAGCAGGCCUCGGCCGCCAAGCGCAAGCGCGACGAUGUCGACGUCGAGAAGCUGGAGGCCGCCGUCGCAGCACUGGACCCCAAGUCGGGCGCAUACAAAGACUUCACCGACCUCCCGCUCUCCGAACCCACCAAGGCCGGCCUGAAGGCAUGUCACUUCGCCGUCAUGACCGACAUCCAGGCCAAAGCCAUCCCGCUCGCCCUGCAGGGCCACGACAUCCUCGGCGCUGCGAAGACCGGCAGCGGCAAGACCCUCUCGUUCAUCCUCCCCGUCCUCGAGAACCUGUACCGCCUCCAGCACAUCGGCGCCGACGCAGGGCUCGGCGCCCUCAUCCUCUCCCCGACCCGAGAACUCGCGAUCCAGAUCUUCGAUGUCCUGCGCAAGAUUGGAAAGCACGGCCACAUGUUUGCCGCCGGCCUGCUGAUCGGAGGAAAGAGCCUGGAGUCGGAGAGGGACGCUCUCACGCGAAUGAACAUCCUGGUCGCAACCCCCGGCCGCAUGCUGCAGCACCUGUCGCAGACGGCUGCCUUCAACGUGGACGACCUGAAGAUGCUGGUGCUGGACGAGGCGGAUCGAAUCCUGGACAUGGGCUUCCAGCACGACGUGGACGCUAUCGUCGAGUAUCUCCCCAAGGAGCGCCAGACGAUGCUCUUCUCCGCGACCCAGUCGCGCAAAGUGUCCGACCUCGCACGUCUGAGCCUUCAGGAUCCCGAAUACGUGUCGGUGCACGCCGAAGACAAGAGCGCGACACCCAAAGGCCUUACCCAGAACUACAUCAUCUGCCCUAUCGAGGAGAAGCUGGACACGCUGUGGAGUUUCCUCCAGGCCAGCAAGAAAUCAAAGAUCCUGUGCUUCUUCUCCUCGGCAAAGACAGUGCGAUUCGUCUACGAGUCCUUCCGCCACAUGCAGCCUGGUAUCCCGCUGCUGCACAUUCACGGCCGCCAAAAGCAGGGUGCUCGCUUGGACGUAACAUCGAAAUUCUCCGCCGCAAAGAACUCGUGUCUGUUCGCGACCGACGUUGCAGCUCGAGGGUUAGACUUUCCAGCUGUGGACUUUGUCAUCCAAGUCGACUGCCCCGACGAUGUCGACACCUACAUCCACCGCGUCGGUCGCACAGCCCGCUACAACCGCGAAGGACGAGGUGUUUUGUUUCUCGCGCCGAGCGAAGAGGAGGGCAUGCUGAAGCGCUUGGAGCAGAAGAAGGUCCCCAUCGAGGCCAUCAACGUUCGACAGAAGAAGAAGACGUCAAUCAGGGAGCAGCUGCAGAACAUGAACUUCAAAGAUUCAGCAAUCAAGUACCUGGGUCAGAAGGCGUUCAUGACACACGUCAAGUCACUAUACCUGCAGAAGGAUAAGGAGGUCUUCAAGCUGAAGGAGUACGACCUGGAAGCCUAUGCGGCGAGUCUGGGCUUGCCAGGAGCACCACGGAUCAAGUUCCUGCAAAACGACGACAGCAAACAGAAGAAGCAGGCAAACAGGGAAAAGAUCGAGGUAUCAGAAGACUCCGAAGAGGAGGCACCCAAGGCGGAAAAGCCCGUGCGCACAAAGUACGACCGCAUGUUCGAGCGCCAGAACCAGGACGUCCUUGCAGACCACUACAAGAAGCUCGUCCGCGACGGCGACGACGCCACAAACGACUUCACCGGCGAGGGGGCGGCCGACGGCGACGACGACUUCAUGGCCGUCAAGCGCCGCAUUCCCGCCGACGACGACAGCGACGCUGAUGUCAACGAGACAUUCGGCAUCGACGCCACAACCGACCCGUCCAUACCAGGCGGCAAGGUCGUCAACCUCGCCGGUGCAUCCCAGCCCCUCGUCAUCGACUCGAACCGCCGCGAGAAGCUGCUCAAGUCCAAGAAGAAACUGCUGCAGUUCAUGGACAAGGGCAAGAAGAUCAUCUACGACGACGACGGCAACCCGCACGAGGUCUACGAGCUCGAGAACGAGGAGGACUUCAAGGCCCGCGGGCUGCCGGAGGCACAGCGGCAGAAGUUCAUCGAGGAGGCCAGGCAGGUUGUCGAGCAGGCCGAUGUCGACGACAAGGCGGCGGCGCGGGAGAAGCGGAGGGAGAAGCUCCGCAAGCGCAAGGAGAAGGAGCGAGGCGGGGAGGUUGCAGGGUCCGACGACGACAGCGACGGCGGCGUCGAGCUUCCCGACGCAGGCGAAGACCUGCUGGCCAACUUCAGAGCCGACGCCAUGUACAGCGACGAAGACGACGAGGGAGACGAAGCGCCACAGCUAGUCGAGAAGAAGCCCAAGAAGUGGUUCCAGUCCGACUCCGAGGACGACGCGCCGAGCAGCAAGAAGAAGCGCAGAAAGGGUCAGGACGCACGGCACGUGGUCGAGCAGCCUGAAACCCUCGAGGACAUGGAAGACAUGGCCGCCCGCCUACUGGGCUAGCCGCAUGUAUAGCAAGAACCCCCGAAGACAUGAAAGACAUGGCCGCAUGUAUAUCAAUCCACCCUUUCAAUCCCAGUCCAACAUGCCCACAAACCGCCUGAUAUGCGCCGCAUUCAGCGUCUCACACGCGCCGUGCCUGGGCCCCUCACACCGCCCCUUCGCCCCCCACGCCCGCUCCAUAAACCCCUCAUCCGCAUGCCACCGCUGCUGCCGCGCCUCCGCCUCCUCCAGCAACGCCCCCACCGUCGUCCCGCCCCCCUCCACCAGCCCCCGCAGCGCCGCCUUGACUACCACCCGCCACUCCUCCGCCCGCAGCGCGACAUCGACGCCCAUCGGAC